GCAGAUUACAUCAAUCCAUCACUAAACUGCCAUUCUGAACUUCAGCUUAUCCUCUCGUACGAUCUCAUCUUUCCUGGACUCCAGCUCUGCCAUGUCCCACGUUGCAGACAAGUAUCUCCCACUGAUCCACGGCCUCUUCUCACUAGCGAUCCACACGCAGACAUUGCCGCACAAACUCGGGGAAUCCGUCAAGACUGGAGAUGA